AUGCCUUCUGUUACAUGGGGUGUAAUCCAAGGCCGAAAGGAAAAGCUCGUAUCCAGGGUCAUUAUUUGUGACUAUUUGAAAACGAUAGGUAUACUUACUGAUGAACUAGAGGACCUUGAAUUGCCAUCAACGGUUGAAGUAAUGCGUGAACGUGUCGAGUUUUUGCAGAAACUAGGACUCUCCAUUGAUGACAUUAAUGAGUACCCACUAAUGCUUGGCUGUAGUGUACGUAAAAAUAUAAUCCCAGUGUUAGGCUACUUAGAGAAGAUUGGAAUCCUGAGAGCGAGGAUGGGUGAGUUUUUGAAGAAUUAUCCACAGUGCCUUCACGCGAGCGUGGUGGUGGAGCUUGUACCUGUUGUUAAGUUUUUACGGGGACUUGAUAUUGAGAAGCAAGAUAUUGGAUAUGUUUUGAUGAAAUAUCCAGAGUUAUUAGGGUUUAAGCUAGAGGGGACAAUGAGUACUUCUGUAGCAUAUUUAGUUAGUAUAGGGGUAAACCCAAGGGAUAUAGGCCCAAUGGCAACACAAUAG